AUAUAAACUCACAAUUUUUAUAUCUCUAAGUUUCUUUGAAAAGAUACAGUUUUCUUAAAGAUAUCAGACAUUAGUACUGCAUCACAGAACACCAUACCAGCCAAUGUCAAAAUGUCGACUUUUAGAAGAUAAAAAUGGAAAGGAUUAUUAAUUAUGUUUGGAUAAUGCUAUUUGGAUUAAAAACACAGUUAAUUGGAUGAAUAGCAUUUAACAAAAUAAGCUAGAAAAGGGGAUGAUUGUUUGAGUUAGUGGUGUUGCGUGAAUGGCGUGCAUGGCGUGCAUGGCCUAGAAAUGUAGAGGAAGGAGAAACGUGCAGACUGCGCACGUACCGGGAAAAGGCUCCGGCUAACUUACGCCCCAUCACUGAAGGGGAAGAAGGAGAAGAAGAGAGAUGGGCGAUCUAUUUGCUUGGCUCAUCUCCUUCUUCCUCCUCAUUGCCUUGCUUGUCCUCGUCACUUACCAGUUAAUGUGCCUAGCAGACCUGGAAUUUGAUUAUAUAAAUCCUUAUGACUCCUCUUCUCGAAUAAAUGUGCUGGUUUUGCCUGAGUUUGCUACGCAAGCUGCCCUAUGCUUCUUCUACCUUGUUACUCAGCAUUGGAUAAUGGCACUCUUCUGCGCUCCUUAUCUUUUCUUCAACAUUCGAUUGUACAGACGAAGAAGGCAUUUGAUUGAUGUAACUGAGAUAUUCAACCAGCUCCACUGGGAAAAGAAGCAACGGCUAGUCAAAUUCUUCUACCUUGUCUUUACCCUUUUCCUCUCAGUAUUUUGGAUGAUUUACUCAUCACUGGAGUAGCAGUUAUAGUUGAUUGCUUGAAUUAUUUGGUUCUGCAAACUCCCAGAAGCUUGCGGUAGAGAACAGUUAAUUACUUCUCACACUGUAAUGAUGAACUUUAGAGGUGAGGUUGCUGGUCUGUGUUGAUUGUUUGUUGGUACUCAUAAAAAGUGGUAAAGAAUAAUAUUUUAGCUUAAAUGAUUACCAAAAUGAAGUUAAAAAAACACUGAAAUGUGUUUUUGUUUCCUUUUAUCUCAGAAAAAAUAACAAAAAUAGUUUUAAGAAAACAGUUCUGAAAUAUAAAUUCAUCCACCAAGUCCAGGGAAUUUCUGUUUCCAUUGAAUAUGUUAAUGUUCAUUGUAAUCUCAUUUGAAAACAUGUUGGUUUUGACACUUGCAUGAGCAGGCACAUAUCGGUUCAAGAUUCUUCCCAGAAGCAGCCAAUAAUAAUCUUUUGGACGACAAUUAAAUAAAACAAUGUAAUCAAAGACAAUGCAGUGUGCAACUUGGAUCGUAACGUUUAACGAACAAACAUUGUUGGCUAGCUGAAAAUACGAGCCUAAUUUAUUUGUGCAACUUGGUGACUUGUCAUUAUCGUAUAUCAGAUUAUCAGGUCACUCAUAUGAAAAGGAAAACAACAUCUGUUACUGACAUCAUUUUCUUUUCCUUUCUAACUGUUAUUUCCUUGGCUUUGCAUCAUUGUUCAUACUCCAAAUAUAAGCUUUCGGCAAAUGCAACGACACCAAUCUCUUCAAAAGGGUAA